CCCUGGACCAACCCAGACGUCGCACAUUCCCAAUCGGUUGCUCUUGACCUGGAUUGCCUUUUUCCUAUAGAUUCUUAACCAGGUACUGAAAAGGCCAUGCUGAGUCGGGUUUAAAAUGUCCAGCAAAUCCGCUCUCAAGGCUGUGCGGACCGCACUAGACUCGAAAGACUUCGAGCUCGCAGCCGACAAAGCCAAACAGCUCGUGCAACAAGAGCCCCAAAACUACCAUGCAAAUGUCUUUCUAGGACUCGCGUUGGACAAACUGAGCAAGACCAAUGAGGCGGAAAAGGCUUACCUCGCGGCCACCCGGGUGAAAGCCGACGACAAGACCGCAUGGCAGGGUCUCGCCAAUUUAUACGAGAAACAAGGAAAUCUCAAGCUGGAGCCGUACCGCGAGGCGGUCGUGCACCUAGCUCGGAUCUAUGGAGAGGCAGAUGACAAAUACCGGUGCCAGGAUGUAGUCGACAAAUAUAUCCUUUUUGCGAAGAAACACGGCAAUCGACUUCAGCACAAAAAGGCCCUCGAGCUUCAGCUGCCGACCGGUCCCCUUUACGAUCUGCUCGAAGGUCGCGUCCCCCAUCCGUCGCAGACGUACCAUCGCCUGGCCGAAUUCACCGAGUCGGAAGAGAAGGAGUUCAUAAAUAGGGAGAUCGGAGAACGGCGGACUCGUUUGGGUGCAAAGAUUGACCAGGUGACGCUGGAGGUGAAGCGCGAAGCGUUCAAACGAAGUGAACUGGAGCCGCUCUAUCGCGGAAUUAUCGACUGGUCGCACGAUGAUCAGGUGCGACGGACAUACGAGGAAAAACUACUAGAGCGUGGAUGCGACGUGCUUGCGGUCUCCCCGAUGAACGAGAAGGGUGCCAAGCGGGCCGAGGUCCUCAAGGCUGCCCAGGACAUGGUCAUUAUCAAGCACCCGUUCGAACUGGCUUGGAAGAUUGUCCUCGAGUGGCAUGAUGUGCAAACCUUCUCGGAGUGGGAUCGCGUUUUCUUAAACGAUUACAUCGAGUUCUUUCCGGAAUCCGGGCUUUCCAAGGUCCUAAAGGGCUUUCUGGCCAGUGACAUAUCGCCCUUUCCUAAAGACACCGAGGAAUCUAAGGAUUCUAAGGAUGCGAAGGAGUCGAAAGGCUCGAAAGAACCCAAGGAGGCUGACACCAACGAACAGAAUGGUGAAAAUGGCAGUGCCGAGAGCAACGAGUUAGCUGCCCAAGACAGCCUGAUUCUAAUGGCGGAAGGCCUGGAUCUGGCAUCAUCGUCCGUCGUCGCUCACCGGAUCAUGAGCGAGCUCUACCUCUCUCUUGAGGAAUACGAAAGCGUUGUGGAUGUUGCUCGAAAGGGGCUCCAAAAUCUCCAAACCCUAGUCCAAAUGACGGGGUUGAAUCUCAGAGAUACCAAGGAUUCGAUGCACAUCACGCUUGCCAAUUCCCUGAUCUAUUACCAGUCACCCCGGCAUCACCCGGAGGCGAAGCGGAUCUUCCAGGAAAUAUUGUCGAGGAAACCGAAAUUGACGAGCUGCUUGCUCGGUAUUGGUGUGAUCCUCAAGGUCGACGAGGACUACGCUGAAGCCGUCAGCUUCCUCGAACGCGCGCUAGAGCGGGAUGCAACCAACAUCAAGGUCCGCGCGGAACUGUUUUGGUGUAGGGCGCUUAACGGUGACCUCAUCUCUGGCCUGCACGGCUUGCAAGAGGUCCUCGCAGCAUUAAAAAAGACACGCGUGGAGAGCCGAGACUUCAAGGGUGAGAUCCUCUACCGGAUUGGAUACUGUCAAUGGGAGACGGACACGUCGUCGGCUGCACGCAAAGACCGAAACGGUGCCUACGCCAGCUUCCUCGCAGCCGUCCAAGCCAACAUGAACUUUGCCCCGGCAUAUACGAGUCUAGGUUUUUACUACGCGGACUACAAGAAAGACAAGAAGCGAGCGCGCAAGUGUUUCCACAAGGCGUUCGAACUGUCUCCGUCGGAGAUCGAAGCGGCCGAACGACUGGCCAGGACGUUUGCGGACCACAAAGAGUGGGAUCUAGUCGAGGCGGUAUCGCAGCGGGUGGUCGACUCGGGCAAGGCCAAGCCAGCGCCCGGCUCGAAGAGGAGAGGCUACAGCUGGCCCUAUGCUGCGCUGGGCACGGUCCAAAUAAACAAACAACAGUACGCCAAAAGUAUUGUUUCAUUCCAGGCUGCCCUACGGAUCACGCCAGGGGACUACCACUCGUGGGUGGGGCUCGGAGAAAGUUACCAUCACUCGGGGCGUCACAUUGCGUCGACCAAGGCUUUCGAGCAUGCGCAACAACUCGAGGACACUCUCUCCCGGGCCGAGAAGGAGAAUGUCUGGUUCGCACGCUAUAUGUUGGCGAAUGUCAAGCGGGAGCUUGGGGAAUACGAAGACGCCAUCGCGAGAUACGAGGACGUCCUGAGCAUCCACCCCAACGAAUUCGGGGUCUCGAUCGCGCUCCUCCAAACGCUGGUCGAGAGCUCAUGGAAGAGUCUCGAUUCCGGCCUUUUCAACGACUCUAUCGAGCAGGCGCGUAAAGCCCUCCUCGUCGCCAGGUCGAUCGCUACGGAGCGAGUCGACAUUUUCAAUCUCUGGAAAGGUAUCGGAGAUGCGUGCACGAUGUGCUCCUUCGUCAAGUCCAAAGCAAGCAAAAUGCCCCUGGAUGAAAUGCAAAAGCUUCUCGGCACGCAGCUGGAAACGGCAGCCUUCGACCUCCUCGCCGAUGUCGAUGAGCUGGGGGCAACCUCCAUGUCGCUGCUCAAAAGCGAGGAAUUGAGCCCAUCCGACAGAUUCAUGUACGCCUCUAUUCUGGCUUUCAAACGGGCGAUCCAUGUUUCCCAGCAAGACAUCCACGCCCAGGCCGUGGCUUGGUAUAACCUAGGAUGGGCCGAGUACCGGGCCUACAAGACCGUGCAUAUCAUCUCAAAGAACAAGGGCAAGAAGCCGCAGCGGAAGUUCCUCAAAGCAGCGAUACGCUGCUUCAAGCGAGCCAUUGAACUGGAGGCUGGAAACUCGGAAUUCUGGAACGCGCUGGGAGUAGUGACCACCAGCCUGAGCCCCAAAGUGGCCCAGCACGCUUUCGUGCGAAGUCUGCAUCUCAACGACCGAAGCGCGCAGGUGUGGACGAACAUCGGGGCCCUCUACCUCAUUCACAACGACAUCCAGCUCGCGAAUGAGGCCUUCACGCGUGCACAGUCCUCAGACCCAGAUUACUCCCCGGCCUGGGUCGGCCAAGGCUUCCUGGCACUGCUAUUUGGCGAUCCGCAAGAAGCUCGGGGUCUUUUCGAGCACGCAUUCGAUAUUUGCAACUCGUCGUCGGCAUUGUCGAAGAAGCAGUACACCAUGACCCUGUUCGACCACCUGAUGACCGAUUCGUCGGCCUCGAACGAGGUCUCCGAGCUCAUCCAGCCCUUCUUUGCUCUCCAUCAACUUUGCUCCCAGGAUCCAUCCGAUCUUCCCUUCGUCCAUCUGUCGUCUUUAUUUGCGGAACGGAUCGGCGAGCUCUCCGAUGCAGAAACCAGCCUGCGAGCUCUCUGCUCCGCCGUGGAGGCAGAGUACGAGGUGUCAGAAUCGGCGGGUGCGCUUUCGAGAUACGCACAAGCGAACGCGGACAUCGCCCGUGUUCUGCUCGCACGGCAGGAGUUCGAGGAAGCGGCCGAGAAGGCGGAGACGGCGCUGAUGCUGUCCGGCGAGGAAGAUGCGGAGAAGUUCGACCCGGAGACUAACCGUACAUUGCGCUUGUCGGCGCAUCUCACGGCAGGACUGGCGCACUACUAUUUGAAGUCGAUGGACAGCGCGAUCGACAUGUUCCGUGACGCGUUGCAGGAGGCGGACAAUGCGCCCGAGGUCGUGUGCCUCUUGGCCCAAGUGCUGUGGGCCAAGGGCGGCGAGGAAGAGCGGAGCGUGGCCCGUCAACAGCUGUUCGAUUGCGUUGAGAACAAUCCGGACCAUGUCGGCGCCGUUACCCUGUUAGGGGCAAUUGCGCUACUUGACGGAGACAAGGAUGCCAUCGAGGCUGUCGAAUCCGACCUGCACCAGAUGAUCACGCGCGAUGACAUCGAGAUCCACGAGCAGUCCAAGCUCGUGAAGCUCUUGACGGCGGUGUCUGCCCUGGGUUUCGGCGAUAAUGCGGACGUCCCGGAGGAGCAGAGACGGAUUGGAGAGGCGACGGCUGCGGUUAUGAGAGCGCCGUAUCAGCCCCAGGGCUGGAUGGAACUGUCUGCUGCUUCGCAAGCUGCGCAUCCCGCACAGAUGGCUGUGGGGCGAGCGCUACGGAAUGCGCCGCCUCGCGGUCGACUGGAGGCCGUCGACCUGGCCGAGGCGUAUUCGCAGACCGGCAAGGCAAGCGAUGCGCUGCGGGCGAUCAUGGUUGCCCCGUGGAAGCAAGAGGGUUGGGACGAGCUCAACCAUGCAGUGUCCACCACGACAUAGACAAUAUGAGUGUGGUGGGAUAUGGAGGGCUACUGUGUAGAUGUUAGACCACAUAGUUAGACCUGGAAUGAGUGACGAUGACAAUACAUACCUCGAGGGGCGUUUCCCC